UUAUAUAACUUUAAGGUCUCCAUGAUUUACUUUCGUCAUGUGAAGUGAAAGAGAGAUAUAUAUAGAAAUUGAUGAUUUAUACUCCUUCAACAUCCAAGACCCAACUAGCAAAGCAGAAUCAAAGCAGCAGAAAAGAUGGAUAAACUUAUUUCAAACGGGUUUAUUGUGGGAUCUGUCCCUGAAGACUACAUAUUCCCUCCAGACUUGAGACCAGGAAACCUCGAAAUCCCCUUGAGCAGCAACAUCCCAGUGAUUGAUCUCAGUGAAGCGCAGAAUGGUGAUAGAACCAACACAAUCCAUAAAAUUAUCAAGGCUUCUCAGGAGUUUGGAUUCUUUCAGGUUAUCAAUCAUGGAAUCUCGGUGAAUCUAAUGAAUGAUGUAAGGAGUGUUUUCAAGGAGUUAUUUGAGAUGCCAGCUGAGGAAAAACAAAAAUUGUGUUCAAAUGAUCCUUCAAAGACAUGCAAGAUGCUCACUAGCAGUGCCAGUUAUGCAACUGAAAAGGUUCAUCAGUGGAGGGACAAUUUUAGGCACCCGUGUCAUCCUUUGGAGCAGUGGCAACACUUCUGGCCUCAAAAUCCAACCAGAUACAGAGAAUGUGUUGGGGUGUUUUCAGUUGAAGUUAAAAAGUUGGCAUCGAGGAUCUUGAGUUUGAUUAGUGAAGGGCUUGGUCUCAAGUGUGGAUAUUUUGAUAACGAUCUCACUGGAUCAAUGCUUUUGAAUGUUAAUCAUUAUCCACCAUGCCCUGAACCAAGUUUGACACUGGGAAUAAUUAAGCACUCAGAUCCAAAUCUCAUAACCAUUUUACUCCAAGAUCAUGUUUGUGGGCUUCAAGUGUUCAAGGAUGGAAAGUGGAUCGCUGUUGAACCUAUUCCCAAUGCAUUUGUGGUAAACAUAGGCCACCAAUUGCGGAUAAUUAGUAAUGGUAAGCUGAGAAGUUCUGAACACCGGGCUGUGACAAAUUCACGUGUCAGUCGCACUUCUGCUGCCUUCUUCGUGGCUCCUUCAGAUGAAUGUAUCGUGGAGCCAGCACAGGCUCUCACUAAUGAACAUCACCCUCCAAUUUUUAAGUCUUUCAAAUACAAGGACUUCUUCUCUUACUACUUUGCCAAACAUGGUGAUACAGACGAGGUGCUGAAAUCAUUUGAAGCACAAGAGAGUUAAGUGAACUGUGUGGAAUGCAUAAUAAGGUAUAUAUAUGUGAUAUAUUCCAUGAUGUAGUAGGGAAUUACUUUGGCAUUACUUGAUGUCAUGGUAGAAAAGUGGUGAAGGAUUUUUCACUCUUGGCAAGCGGACCAAGUUUCAUUGUAGUAAUUUGAUAUCGUCUUCAGAGAUUUGGUGGUACUAGUAAUUUCCUUCUUGUUUACGGAGAACAUGAAUGAAGUAUUGAUUUAAGUUUAAAUUAAAGAAAUUAAAAGCAAAAGUAUGAAUGUAACAGAAAACCUUAUAUGAGAAAGAGAUUGGAUACAAAUGUACUUUCUAUCUCUUUUAAUCUU